AACGCGGAUGUCUCUGCGCUCUUUAAAGGCGACCUGAGCGCAGACCAAACCUGGAAGAGCAGCAGCAGAGUCCGCUUCUUCACACCCAGCGUCUGUCCUCGUCUGUCCUCUCCUCACCAGACUUUGAGCACUAUGGCUACCCAGAAACAGUUUGAGAAAGCAGGGAAGAAGCCCGGCCUGCAGGUGUGGCGGGUGGAGAAAAUGGAGUUGGCCGAAGUCCCUCAAGAACUUUAUGGAGAUUUCUUCACUGGAGACUCUUACAUACUGCUCUACACCACCUCCGCCCCUUCUUACAACAUUCACUCAUGGAUUGGCGACGAAACAUCCCAGGAUGAGAAGGGGAGUGUUGCCAUCUUCAUGACCCAACUGGAUGAUUUCUUGGGUGGAAAACCGGUUCAGUUCACUGAGUUUCAAAACAAUGAGUCAGUCACCUUUCUGGGAUACUUCAAGAAGGGCAUCAAGUACAAGAAAGGUGGCGUGGGCUCAGGGUUCAAGCAUGUAGUUACCAACGAAGCAAACGUAAAACGCCUGCUGCACGUCAAAGGUCGUCGCAACAUCAGAGCCAAAGAGGUGGACCUGAGCUGGUCCAGCUUCAACAAAGGAGACUGCUUCAUCAUUGACUUGGGAAAGACCAUCUACCACUGGUCUGGCAGUGAAUGCAACUUCUAUGAACGCCUGAAAGCCACCGAGAUGGCAAAUGAUAUCCGGGACAAUGAGCGACAGGGCCGCGCUGAAGUUGAGAUGAUUGAUGAAGGCUUGGAGCCGGAUCCUGUCAUUGAAGUGCUUGGACCCCUGCCCACCCUCCCGGAAAAAACCUCUGAUGAUGUGGCCGUUGAAGAGCAGAACAAGAAGAAGGCAUCUCUCUAUUUGAUUUCUGACGCUGCUGGCUCCAUGAAAACAACCCUGGUGGCCGACAAAUCCCCAUUCAGUCAAGACAUGUUCUCCCAGAGUGAAUGCUACAUCUUGGACAAUGGAGGAGACAACAAGAUAUUUGUCUGGAAAGGGAGGGAAGCAAAUGCAGAUGAGCGCAAAGCAGCAUUAACUGCUGCAAACGAGUUCAUCAAAGACAAGAAUUACUCCCAAACUACUCAGGUCCAGAUCAUUCCAGCAGGCGCAGAGACCACCCUGUUUAAGAGUUUCUUCCUCAACUGGUUGGACAAGUACGAGACCACAGGCCCAAGUCAGGCCUACACCAUCGGUCGCAUUGCCCAGGUGGAGCAGGUCCCCUUUGACUCCUCCAAACUCCACAGCGACCGUAUCAUGGCUGCCCAGCACAGCAUGGUGGAUGAUGGCUCUGGGAAAGUCCAGAUUUGGCGCGUGGAAGGAGGUGAAAAAGUGCCUGUGGACCCAUCCACCUAUGGGCAGUUCUAUGGAGGUGACUGUUACCUGGUGCUGUACUCCUACAACACGGGAGGCAGAGAGAAGCAUAUCAUCUAUACCUGGCAAGGGCAGAAAUGCACUCAAGAUGAACUGGCUGCUUCCGCCUUCCUCACCGUCAACCUGGAUGAUUCCAUGGGUGGAGUAGCUACCCAGGUUCGCAUCACUCAGGGCCAAGAGCCUCCUCAUCUUGUUAGCAUGUUUAAGGACAAGCCUUUGGUCAUCUACCUUGGUGGGACAUCCCGCGAGGGUGGACAGAGCGAGUCCGGCAGCAAACGACUCUUCCACAUCCGCCAGAGCUCCACCAAAGCCACGCGGGCUGUUGAGGUGCAGCCCACUGCCUCCUCCCUAAAUACAAAUGAUGUGUUUGUGCUGAAGUCAUCAGACUCCCUGUACCUGUGGAAGGGAAAGGGAGCCGCUGCAGAGGAGAUGGAUGCAGCAAAGUAUGUUGCCGACCUACUCGGAGGAGCUGCCAAUGAGGUGGACGAGGCCAGUGAGCCAACUGAUUUCUGGAAAGCACUGGGUGGAAAGGGAGACUACCAGACCUCCAAGACCCUGCAGAAGAUGGUCAGGCCCCCACGACUGUUUGGAUGUUCAAACAAGACAGGCAGGCUGAUAGCGGAGGAGGUGCCCGGUGACUUUACACAGAUUGACCUGGCAACUGAUGAUGUCAUGAUUCUGGACACAUGGGAUCAGAUCUUUGUUUGGGUCGGAAAGGAUGCAAACGAGACCGAGAAAAGUGGAUCAAGCAAGAUUGCGGAUGAUUAUGUGAGUACGGACCCCUCUGGCCGCAGCGGUAUCCCCAUCAGCACCAUUAAGCAAGGGGAGGAGCCACUCUCCUUCACCGGCUGGUUCUUUCCCUGGGAUCCCAAGCUGUGGGACCAAAACCUUCUGCAGAGCUUGCAAGCCCGUAUCAAAAACCAAUCCUAGAAAAACACAGAGCGGCAACAUCUGCAAGACACCUGCGAAAUUCCCUUCUUGUCAUAUGUUGUUACACUUCAAAGUAUAAUCAACCUGUCAGACAAUGUGAGCUGUGAAUUCCAGAGUUCCACUCUGCUUACUAUCUCGAAGUGGAACUUUUGUUCAAAUAACACGACAAUCUUAGAAAAUUAGAAAAAUACAGACAGAAUCUUAGAAUUCCACACUCACAUGAAGCUCAGAUGUAUUUCAUCAAACCCUUGUUUUCAUUGUUUCUCAUGCAAUAGAAAAAAAACAUGAUGCACUCUUUCUUCCAAGUUCAGUGCGCACUCAAGGAAUUUUUAAGAAUUUCCAUUGUGUCGUAGAUGAGAUUCUGGCAGUUAAACGUCAUAAAUUUGUUUCUGUUUGUGACAAAAAGAAUGUAUAUUUUCACGUAGAAUGUCCCUUUUUACUGCCUUCUUUGCAAAGAAAAACACUGAAUUUUAAUAAAAUCUGAUUUUUUUUGAAAAUCA